AUUCCAUUGUGAAUAAUGCCAAUGUAGUUUAGUUUAAAACUUAACCGCUAGGUAGUGUAACAGUGAUCUUUACAUAUGGUUUAUAUCUGCGUAUAUUUGUAUGAUCCUAGUAGUUAUUAGUAGUUUUCGUCAUUUAUUCAUAUUGAAAUAAAUAUUUCACGAAUUAUUAUUUAUUUUAUUUUAUAAACUGAUUCACCAUGAACGUAGAAUUAAUGGAUCAUUAUAUAGAAAUUUUGACCACCUACGUUUAUGACAAUGAUAAGGCGGUUACAUAUAAAUGGUUAAGCAAAGAAUUAGAGGUCCAUGUAAACGUAGCAAAACAAGUUUUGUGGGAAUUCUGGCAGAGGCAUCAAAAGGAAAAUAACAUUGAGUCUACAGUUAUGUUGAUUGGUAAUUUAAAAUCGGGUGGAAUGCGUGUAGAAGUUGUGAAACAAUCAAAUUUAGAUGCAGCAAAAGAUAAAUUUAAUAAUAUAAUAUCGGAACAUUUAUACAGUAUACAAAAAUCUAUACCUGACUUAGGCUCGCUUUUUAUGUAUGAUAAAGGAGAUGUUAGAUUUGGUGCUAUUAAAUGUCAUGAAAGUGUAGAACGCAGUGAUGAAGAACUCUCUAUUUUACGAUGGGGAUCGCUAUUCAAAGAUCAUUCUAUUCCAAAGCAGGAUGAUGAAAAGUUAAAGUCUAUAAAGAUAUCUGAAGAAGUAGACAUUUCUGAAACAAAUGAACAUAAUCAGACAAAUAGAAAAUAUAGAGAUAAGAAGACUAUUUCAGUAUCUCAGAAAACUGGCUUUAAUAAUCUUUUUGGAAAGGUUCAUAAUAAGGAAAAAGAUAUUUCUUCAGCUUCAAAAUUUACAUGUAUCAAUGAAGAAACAUCACCUAAGAAGAAAUCUAUCGAUAAACAAAAUUCAUCUCCAAAGGAAAGUAAUUCUGUUAAGAAAAAAGAGAAAAGUGGUAUUGCCAGCUUUUUUGGAAAAAGUUCAGACGUUACAAAAUAUUCUGAUAAAGAAGAACAAGCAGAUAAUAGUACGAAAGAUGAUAUAAAAAAUAAUGCUGCAAAGGCACAAGUUAUUUCUACUAAAAAUAAUGAUAAAUCAAAAAACGAAACACGUGGGAUAAAACGAAAUCGUAGCGAAGAAUCUAAGAGUACAAUUAAAAAACGGAAACGUAUAAUCGUGAAUAAUGAUUUAAUAGAUUCUGAAAGUGACGAUGAACAUGUAAAGUCUACAGAGUCAGAGUCAGAACAAGAGAUGGAAAUUAUUUCAGAUAACAAAGAGAAAUCCCCUUCUCCUCCUCGCAUGAUGGAUAACAAUGGUAAAGCAAGGAUUCUUAAAGUGGUUGAUCAAACUUACGAAGAAGAUGGUUUUCUUGUAACCAAAAAGGUACACGUAUAUGAAAAUUGUUCGGAAAAUGUGACAGAGACAAUGGCAAAAGAAGAAGAUGAAGCAAAGAAGAAGAAAGUAUCUGUAGAUGUUGCUAAAGUACAAACCAAGAAGAAACAAACUACAUUAACUAGCUUCUUUAAAAGAUCAUAAUUUAUAUAAUAGGUUUAAAUACAGAUAUAAAAAAGUUA